AUGCCACCACAAAAAGAACCCCCAAAGAAAUGGAAGGCGCCAAAAGGUCCAAAACCGGUGCAUCACAAGCAGAGAAACACCAUUGGUUUGGGUAAAGCGAUCAUUUACCAAAGAACAAAAGAAAAUAACAUUGAAAUCUUACCGGAUGGGGAAUCUCGUUUCGCCACCGACAAAAAGGAAGAUGACUGGGUGAAAUUGAGAUCUAUCACCCAAGAAAACCAUAUUGAUGAUUUUUUGAACAGUGCCGAGUUAGCCAAUAAAGAUUUCACCGCUGUCAAGCGAAAUCAAAUGACAAUUCUUGGAACCAGCUCUGUCGGGACCAAUUAUUUAUUGAGUGAAGAAAGAGAAAAAGAAGUGUCCUUAGAAAUUUUGAAGAAUCAAAACAAGUUAGUGGUGCCAAGAAGACCUGAAUGGACUAAAGAUAUGAGCAAAUUUUUGUUGCAGGAGCGUGAAAAGAAGGCAUUCUUGGAAUGGAGAAGAGAAUUGGCGGUCUUGCAGAAAAACAAUGAUUUGUUAUUGACCCCAUUUGAAAGAAACUUGGAAGUGUGGAGACAGUUGUGGAGAGUCAUUGAAAGAUCUGACUUGGUGGUGCAAAUUGUCGAUGCCAGAAACCCAUUAGCGUUCAGAUCGAUUGAUUUGGAACAUUAUGUGAAAGAAUUGGAUGACAGAAAGAAGAAUUUAUUGUUAGUUAACAAAGCCGAUUUAUUAUCUUUAAAUCAAAGAAAAGCUUGGGCAGAAUAUUUCAUUAAAAACGAUGUCCCAUACGCAUUUUUCUCAGCGGGGAGAGCUAACGAAAUUUUAGAAAAAGAAAAGGAGGAGUUAGAAAAUAUCAGAUUGGGACUCUCAACACCUGCGCAAGCCAAAAAUAAUUAUGAUGAUGGUGAUGAUGAUGAAGAAGAGCAGGAAAAGAAAGUUUUCAACACCCAGAGUGAAGAUUUGGAAGAAAAAGUGAGAAUCUUGACAAUUGAUGAAUUGGAAGACUUGUUCAUUAGUGAAGCUCCAGAACCUUUGACUUUACCUUUGAGUGCUGGAGAAAAGCCAAAAUUACAAAUUGGGUUGGUGGGGUAUCCUAAUGUGGGUAAAUCGUCUACCAUUAAUGCCUUGGUAGGUGCUAAGAAGGUUUCAGUAUCUUCAACUCCAGGUAAAACCAAGCAUUUCCAAACAAUUUUGUUAUCUGAUGACAUUAUUCUUUGUGAUUGUCCUGGGUUAGUUUUCCCUAACUUUGCGCAUACCAACGCUGAAUUGGUUUGUAACGGGGUGUUACCAAUCGAUCAAUUACGUGAGUCGAUUGGUCCUACCCAAUUGGUUGCCAGAAGAAUCCCAAAAUUCUUUUUGGAAGCAAUUUACGGUAUUUCCAUUCAAACCAAAUCGGAAGAAGAUGGGGGUGAUGGGAUCCCUACUGCUCAAGAACUUUUGACAUCUUAUGCCAGAGCUAGAGGUUUUAUGACUCAAGGGUUCGGUAGUGCUGAUGAGAGUAGAGCUGCCAGAUAUGUUUUGAAAGAUUAUGUGAAUGGGAAAUUACUAUUUGUCCAUCCUCCUCCAAAUGCCGAUGGCACCAUUAAAACUUAUGAUGAAAGGUUAUCAUUCAAUAAGGAAUUGUACACUAUUGAUUUGUUGUCGGAAAAUAGAAGAAAACAAAUUAUUCAGGCUAUCAAUGCCAGUGACAAUUUUGAUUUGGAAACAUUUGACUUGGCCAAAGAUUUGUCCAAGAUCUCUUUCAGUUCACAUAUUGCUGGUAUCAAUAAUGAACAAUCCACCGGUUCUUACCACGGGGGUAGCCAAGCGGCAUUGGUAUCUGCAAGUGAUGAACUUAACAGAGAAUUCUUUAAGCUGAAUGGUAUCAAGGGAAUUCAAACCACAGUAUUCCAUAACAAAAAAAACGAAUUUUCUAAUAACAAAAAGCAUAAGAAGGGGAAGAAGCUUAAGGUUAGAAACGUCAAGUGA